GUGAGCAUCACUGGACACAGGUGCAGCCUGUCCGUGUGUCAUCUUUUCGGACGAGCACAGUUGUGUUGCCUCCUUAUUCACACUCUGCAGGUCGAGACUGCUGCCUUCUUCGGUUGUCACCACGAUGGGAGAUGACAAGGACAGCUCAGGGAGCUUCUCAGAGGAGCAGAAGGCCAAGCCCAUCCCCCCAAGGCCCUCGCUGGUAUCCCCUGAGCUGAAAGCCAUGAUCCGCAUCAGGACAAAGUACCAGGCUCUGAAGAGACGUCGGCUGGACUCAGCCACUGGGCUCUUCGCCUCAGGUAGACCCUCCACAGGCCCCGAUCCCGGCUCACUCACCGCCCCAGGCAGGUCUUCAAUGGGCACCGGCACACCCACCGCCCCAGAGAUCUUCAACUCCAAUGGCAAGGAGCCCCCCCACAGCAGGAGGAGGAGGAAGAGGUCUCGAGUGCUCUUCCCUAACAACUGUUGCAAGGUCGUCCCCAGUGACAAGGACCGGAGCCGGGCCAAACCAUUCUUUGUCCUCUUCGGUAUCAUCGUAUCCCUUCAGGUUUACAAUGCCAUCGAGAACCUGGAUGACCAUGUGGCACCGUAUGACCUGGAGGGCCUGGAGAAGACGCUGCGCAGGGAAGUGUUUGGCCAGCAGGGGGCGAUAGAGGAGCUGAUGGAGCACCUCCAGGGCUACCUGUCCACCUACGCCCACUCCCAGCCCCUGGCCCUGGCCCUGCACGGCCCCAGCGGCGUGGGCAAGAGCCAUCUGGGCCGCCUGCUGGUCCGCCACUUCCGCUCGGUGCUGGGAGAAGACCUGGUGGUGCAGUACUUCACCCUACACCACUGCCCCCUGCAGGGUGAUGUGGGCCAGUGCGCCCGAAAGCUGUCCCUCUGGGUGGAGGAGGUGGUGGAGCAUGCCGAGGCUCAGGAGAAGAUCCCUGUCUUUGUGCUAGAUGAGGUGGAGUUGAUGUCGGCUCCGUUGCUGGACGUGCUGCAAGGCCUGCUUCAGCCCAACCAGACCAACGAGCAUCUGAACGUCAUCUAUGUCCUCCUCAGUAGUCUGGGGCAGGAGGAGAUCACCAGACACAUACUGCAGAAUGUCUCUGGCACGACGCAGGCAGCCGGAGCUCUACUGCGGCAUACCCUGGCAGAGCAUCACCCUUUGUGGGCAGAGGUGGGGCUGGAUAUUGUGUCCCUGAUGCUUCUCGAAAAAAGCCAUGUGAUGGAGUGUUUGCUGGAGGAAAUGACACAGGAGGGGUUCUACCCUGACCACGGCCAUAUUGAGCGGCUGGCAGAGGAACUGUCCUAUUUCACCACCAUGGGUCACCAGUACUCCCAAAAUGGCUGCAAACAAGUGGUGACUAGAGUCAACCUUUUGUGAGAACAUCCACAGAGUGAUAAUCAACAGUUGGCCAAACCCAAUUAAACAUCAUUUGUACAGCUUCAUUCUUACUUACUUACCUACUACUCUGCCGAAAGAGUAUCACCAUUUUCUCUGUUUGCCCACUUUACCCAAGGAUCUGUUCUUGGUUGGAUGGCAUUACUACCAUUCUUAGCUGGCAUCUCGUGGUUGUCACGUUGGAGUUUCAGCAUGCUAGGCUAGCAUAGUAGCCUUGGGUUACUAUGACAGAUUUGGUCUCCAGCGGUUGCUCUGGUCCCUCUGAAUGAUGUUCGAUCAACUUUGGGUACAGCUGCUCUUUUGCUGUUUAGCUAAAACAAAACAUCAGCGCGGAGAAGCGUAUUCCUCGUCUGAUAUUUUGUUGACUGAAUGGCCUUGAGACAAACGCCAGCCAGCCAGACUUUGGACUCAACACUGUUUUUUACUUUUCAAAACCUCAUGUGCGUCUGGGCACGUCCUUCCAUCCACCAUAUCCAAAAAUACCCAGAUAGAUAGAUAUUGUUUUCGACCAUUGAGCUCUCAUGAAUUCCCACCAUCUUGAACGAUCUUCGGUUCAAAGCAAUCAAACCAUAUGACACUGUCUGCUCUUCUUGAAAAUAAACCAAAGGUUAAUUGUACUUGAAUGUUGAUGGUUUGCACUGUGUCUCCUUUUACAGUUGGUGAACUAUGAGAACAGGGUCCUACUAAUGUGAUUAUGUAUAACUUUAAAGCACUUUUUGGGGCUCAGAAUGACCAUGCCUGCUUGAACUUCAAAGGUGCUCCCCUGGCGUUAAUCUCUUCAAAACUGUAGUGAUAACAAGGACACAGACAGAAAAAAAACAGAAUGUUCAAGAGAAAGAA